GUUCUACCCACACCUAUUAACAUGUCCCUCAAGGUCCUCAUCUACGCCUACCGUAAACCCGGUCUCUCCCUCGAGGAGUUCAAGAAACACUACGAAGCUCACGUCGACCUCGUCAAAAAUCUCUCCGGCGAGGACUUCCCUCUCUCCCACAGGCGCAGUUAUGUCGCGCGCAACACUGUCGAGACCCCGGUCGGGGAUGCUAGUGGCCGCAAUCCCCUGACCCCCGCCACGGUGCUUCUCGGACAACAGACCGACUUUGACUUCGAUGCUUAUGCCGAGCUCACCUUCGCCGAUCAGGCUGCGUUCCAAGCUUUCGGUGCGAAGGUGUACGCCCCUGAUGCCGCUGCUCAGAUUGCGGCCGACGAAGAGAAGUUCCUGGACAAGUCGAAGCUUGUGAUGGCCAUGCUUGGGGAUGUCAUCGAAACUACCAAAUAAACGACGGUUCGGCACGACGAGUAUCUGUCAUAUACUUGUUUUUUGAGCAGAAUUACCCAGGGGUCAGUUAUUGAUUGAACAUAGAAAGAAACUGGCUGCAACGAUGCUGAAGAUAGCAGUGGUGAGAAGGAGCCAGAGACUUGUGGACUGAUGAUUGAAGGCUUCUGACAUUGGGGGCUAUCCUGGGC